GCGCUGCUCGUCGGGGCCAGGCUAGGCGCGGCGGCGGCGCGCGGCGGCGAGUCGGGCCGAGGCGCAGUCCGUGUUGUGUCCCAAACCGAGCGGUCAACCAGAGAGCUCAUCGGCUCCAUAAUAUCAGGCGAAUCAAUCCGUCAAACUCCAGUCAUCAUGUUCGGCAACGCGUUCAAGAGCCUUGGCAACAAGGCUAGCGAGCUGUUCGAGCGCAAGAAGCACGAGGUUGAGGACCUAGCCGCCCAGAAGCAGAAGGAGGCGGCCGACAUGCUCGCCGAGCAGGCCAGCAAGACGCAGGCGUCGCUGUCCAAGACGGCGCACGAGGUGGAGGGCAUCGCGACCAGCACCGUCACCGAGGCCGGCACCGCCGCGUCCGAGGCCAUCGACCGCGAGGUGAACAAGGCAAGCGAGCUCAUGCAGUCCGGCAUGAAGAUGGCCGAGACGGCGGUGGACACGGGGGUGAAGACGGUGGAGGGCGCCGUCGACAGCGGGCUGCGCACCGCGGAGGGCGCCAUCGACAGCACAGUGAGCGCGGUGAACCAGCAGGUCGACUCGAAGCUCAAGGAGGCCAACCAGUUCGUGGACCAGAAGCGAACCGACAUCACCAAGGCCGUGGAGGGUACUGCGAGCAACGUGCACCAGUCCACGGACAUCCUGGCGAAAAGCGCCAAGGGAAUCCUCAGUAUGAAGUGAAACUAAUCGGCACAGCGCCAAAGCUCCUGUUCGAAAUCCGUUAAGCUGCUGUCAGCUUAAUUUUUGCAGCUAAGCUUCAUUUAUUGGGAAAUGCAGUGGUUCGGCUGCUCCAAAUGUUUCCACGACGCCUACGCAUGAUAUUUUUACAACAUCUCGUUUUAAUUUCGCACUUGAAAACUACCGCCUUGCGGCAAGUGUAUUCACGGAGCUUUCUUGGGAGUCACCAUAUUUUUUUAAAAGUGAUAUAUGUAAUUGCACACAUUGAAACAAUUGCUUUCAAUCGUGUCCGAAAGAGGGGUCUAGGCGCUUUUAAGCUUCUUCUCCAGGGCGCCCUUCUCUCAUGUUUCAAUGCAGGUGCCUAACUCGCCAAUUUAUGAAUGACCAUAAAAACAUUCUGCGGGGUUCGUUUUGUAAAAAUAUUUUGAUUUUUGUCAUUACCAAAGGGUAUACAGCAGUAUACAAGGUAUUUUCAUUUGCAGUAUUUGAGUUGAAAACCCAGUCCACCACUCUAUAAAAUUCAGAAUGAAAUUGGCGGAAGAUGCAUAUUUUAUUCUGCCUUACAAGCAGAGUUGGAUCCAAUCAAAAUAUGGUCAAACAACUAAAUAGCAACUGCCACUACUGUCUUAAGAGACACUAAGCUUUCAAUGUCAGUUCAAAAUAAGAUAAAUAAAGAUACUGUAUUAUU